AAAACGCACUGAUUACCCAAUGUAUAUGGUAAGAGAUGAUGUAACUGACAGUCCGUUUGCUCUACGUGGUGAUAAGAGUAUAGAGUAUCUUUCUAUGCAAAACAAAGGCUAUGUUGCUAUGUUUAAUGGUACCAAUCCAACUGAUGUAACCGUAAAAGUCAAUAAUUUAGCAAUUGGAUCAUAUAUUCGUCUGGCACUUUGUUUUCCAAAAGGAACUACCGAUUUUACUAUAACUGGAAGCAACCCCACAAUUGAUACCAAAAAUCUCCCAAUAUCUGUUGACAGUAUGUCGGACCUUGAGGCAGACACAACCGGUAGAGCUUAUUUCUGGGACAAUUCUCGCGGGUUAUUUUUCCUCCGGUUUGAUGGAACAGAAGCAAGACAAAAUUCCGAGGAAGAGUGUCCUGCUUCCAAAUGUCCAAGCAUACGAAUUAAACGUAAUGAUGGUGGUACCGAUCCUAUAGAUUGUUUCAAAGACGCCUACGUCAAUGGACCGUAUAAAGUUACUCCCAAAUCGCCGGAUCCAAUAACUCCGCCAUCAACACCUUGUGUACCAGCUGAGAUUGAUGGACGUGGUGCUGUUGAUCCAGCGGAACUGCUGAUUACAGCUCCCGAGCUGACUCAGACUUGUCACACAUUUGAUUCUGACAAAGUGCCACAACCAUGUGGAACAAACAAUGCCGGAUAUCGUAUAGGAAGUGGAGGGAAAUGUUAUGCUGUAAUCAACAAGUCUGACAGUUAUAUCAAAUCGAAAUAUCUCUGCUAUAAAAUGGGAGGAAUUUUGGCACCAAUACCCGAUCUUGGCAGCCAACGUGAAAUAAGAAGUCAUAUUUAUAGAUUUGGAGAAACAAAGAAAGAUUAUUGGGUUGAUGAAGUAGGUGACAGUUCGAAAACUUUCAUGGAGAUGCAGUUCGACAAUUAUUACAACCCAAUAAGCAGGACGUCAGGCAGCAAAAAUGGAGCUAUUUGUCUUUUCGAUUAUGCCACAACACCUUGCCGAACAGGUUGGAAACAUAUCGGCAAUAGCUGUUAUUUAUUCGAGGAUGUAACUGUGAAAUCGUAUACAGAAGCAGGGGAGUUUUGUAGCGGUGAAUUCAUGUCAAUUCUCUCCAUCGAAAAUGCGGAAGAAAACGAAGCAGUCAGAACAUUUGUGUCUGACUUUAACCCAAAAAAGAAUGGUGCCGUAUUACUUGCAUACAAGUACAGUUCGGCAAGUAAUCAGUUUGAGUGGCAAGAUGGAGAAACUACAACGUACGCACCAUGGGCUUCUGGACAAGGAACGGGUGCUGUUGCCGCCGAUGGAGAGUGUGCAAGACUCUUUAUUUCUAAUGGCCAAUGGAAGAAUACUCCAUGUGAUAAUAAAACCAACGGCCGGCUUGUCUGUAAAACGUCCGUUAAUGCAUAAACAAGACGUACAUGAGUAUAAUGUUACAUUAAUUGAAAUUACGCUAAGAAUUUAAUGAU